AUGCCAGUACCAUUCGAAGGCUUAUUGCCCUACGCGGUCAUGACCGCCUUUUUCGGGCUCGCCGGCCACGGCGUUGAAUUCAUCAGAUACUGGGACAACGGCUGGAAGAAAGACAGAUUCGAUUUGGAUGCGUGGGACGAAAGAAUGAUGAACAGAGACUUCUUGUUGACAGGUGUUCCAAGAGGCCAGUCACACGAGCCAGUUGCUCCCGAACACUUCAAGACUGCCGAGGUCCGUUUGCAAAGAUACUACACUCCAUACAGAGACCAAUUCUUCAGUCUCAGAGAGAGAUUGUACCGUGGGUACGUCACUGGCAACUGGGACUUAUCAUAGAGGAGACAGAAGGACGAGGUCCAUACAGCAUACGGUUUAUAAUAAUAUAUACUACGAGAAGUGACUGUAGAGGGUGGGGAAGCGGAGGAGGAAAUGGAGGUGGAGAUAAUAGAACUGAGAAUCCUAUCCAAGGGAGUUUGGAGAGAUAUUACCAUCGAGGAAGCGGAAGUGGAGAGAUAAUGGAAUCCAAGGAAGUAGACUUGGAAGUGGACGAUUGAGUACUAUCGGUAGAGGAAUAUCGACGAAAAGGAAGAUUGAAUACUAUCCAUGGGAGUUAUUGAGUAUACCUUCUAUGGAAGUAACUGAAUAUGCUAUCCGUGGAAAUAGAUCUAUGAUGAUACGAGUG